UUCUAUAUCUAAAUUGUUCUGAAAAUGUCGAAGUAUUUGAACAUUUCUCUAUUGAUUCUUCUGGCUGUUUGUGCAUUUCUUCCUGAUGGUGUAUUAUGCUACGAAGCUGGAUCUACAAACAUGCAUUCCGUACCGGCAAACGUGCCAUCAACAAAAAGUAACACAGGUAAUGAGCUAUCAGCGACCGAGACCCGACUACAGCAAUUCAUUGCGGCACAGGAACUGACCAAUUUGCGAUUAUUCGAAGCCGUAGAAAGACUUGGAGGAUACGAAAACAAAGCCGAGUCAUGUGUUACCGAGAUGGAACGACUGCGAGAUACUGUUAAAAGACAAAGCCGUGAGAUUGUCGAAUUGAAAAAGAAUAUCAGCUUGUCUGAAACAAACAUAUGCCAAGGAAACGAGCCAGCUGAUGAAGGACAGGGGCUGGAUAUGUUGUCAAGGUCAAGAAAUAUUCCAAGACAACAACCUCAGUUUCCAACACAGGUGGCGUUCUACGUCCAACUAAAGACCAACGUAGCGAACAUUGGAAACUACCAAACGAUUAAGUUUGAUCACGUUCGCACCAACAUCGGAGGUGGCUACAACCUUGUCACGGGAAUCUUCAUAGUUCCAACGCCAGGUACGUACGUCUUCCACUGGACGACUGUCAGCCUCGACAACAUGGACAUGCAGACGGAAUUGAUGAUUGAUGGUAUUAGGUAUGGCGUGGCACGGUCGGACUCUGGAAGUCACGCGGACCUCUCGUCCGCAUCUAACGUGGUUGUGGCAUCAGCUAUUCCGGGAGAAACCAUUUGGGUACGAUCAGGUGAACGUCAUUCGUCUACAGUUGAAGGCGGCGAGCUUUCCACAUUUUCUGGAUGGCUUUUGUUUUAAUUUGAAGCGAUCUUAAACGAUCUCUGAGGUUUUUGUAUAGAUCCUCCCCUUUGCUCACUUCUGUAUCAAGAUAUACAUAUUUGUCAUAUAAGCAAACGUGAUACAAAUAAUAAUUCAAUGUAUUUUAAAUUAGUAUAAUAAAACGGACCAGGAUUCAAUAUUGUUACGUAUCUGUAUACUGCGGCCUCCGAAUGGCGCAUCUAAAUAAAAUGUGUUCGCUGUUUAUAACAAAUAUUCCGUGCUAUGAUCAUGGUAUAGGUAUGCCGACCGUGAAUGGCUUCUUUCAUAAAUUGUCCUGUACUGUGAUUUGUUGUCAAUAAGCCUCAGUUUGGCCAAUGUCACACAUACCACCGCCAUACCGGAAACGUUGG